CUAGACAGGGUGGCGGGUGAGUCGGGGUCCGAACCCCGCCCGCAGGCCCCACUCCGCCGGGCCACUGCGCCCCCUCGCGGUAGGUGGUGGAGAACAGAUGGCCCGGGGCUUCAGGCGGGGCUCCGCGGGCCCGCAGCGGGUGUGGCCUGCCCGGCUCCCUCCCGGAGCGCGAAGCAGGGGGUCCCAAAGGGUUGUGAAGCCUUCGGGCUUUCUUGGGUAGGAAGCGCCCGCGCAGGAUCGUGGAGCACCCUGCAGACCACUCCCACGCCAACCGCUGCGGUAUUGCGCAGGCGCCACUGAUCGCGCGGCGCCAUUGCCCUCCAGCUCUGACCGGGAGUCCUGUCGGAAGUCCACGGAAGGAAAGCGGAGCACUACAUCUCGACGACGGCGGCUUGGUGCUGCUGCAGUUGCGCCAGUGAGGGCUGCGGACCCGCUUAGGCCUGGAUAGCCAGUGAAGAACUACAACCCCCAAGGACAAAUCCGGAAACUGAGCUCCUGUGAGGCCACACCCUGUAGGUACUGCCUCCAAAGCUGACAUUUCACUCUCACUCUGGACUCUGCUUCCUGGAAUACUGCUCAGUCAUGGUCCACGCCUUCCUCAUCCAUACCCUGAGGGCCCCAAAUGCAGAGGACACAGGCUUUUGCAGAGUGCUCUACUCUUGUAUCUUUGGUGCUGAGAAGUCAGCGGAAGACGUGCGGCCACAUGGUGCAGAGAGGGACAGACUACUUCGCAAGGAGCAGAUUUUGGCCGUGGCCAGGCAGGUGGAAUCCAUGUGCCAACUGCAGCAGCUGGCCUCAGGCCGCCCACCCUCAGAUUUACAGGCCCAGACCUCUGAUGAGCCUGUGUCCCUACAUGAGGCCCCGCGUGGGGUCUUUGGGCUGGCAGCGGGGGACCCCUUUCAGGAGCCUCGGACUGUGGUGUGGCUGGGAGUGCUGUCCUUAGGCUUUGCCCUGGUGCUGGAUGCCCACGACAACCUGCUGCUGGCCGAGAGCACACUCCGCCUGCUGGCCCGCCUCAUCCUGGACCAUCUUCGCCUGCUGGCCCCAGGCUCCAGCCUCCUGCUUCGGGCUGACCAUGUUGAAGGCAUCCUCUCCCGCUUCCUGCCCCAUGGCCAGCUGCUCUUCCUCAAUGACCAGUUUAUCCAGGCUCUGGAGAAGGAAUUCAGUGCUUCCUGGCCUCGCUGAUGCGGCUGGCAUGGGUGUCCCAGGAGGGGUAUGAGGGAGGCAGAGUGGCACACACAGCAAGGAGAGGCUUGACAUCUGCUCCAGCCAGCCUUCUGCCCACCCUGAUGUGCCCCGCACUGGGGACCCCAGACAAGACAGACAGGUAGCAAGGGGGCUGGGCCAAGGUGCUAUUGGGUCAGUGAGAUCACAGAACAUCCUGAGUCUUGAUCUGCCAUAUGACUCCACCCACUGCAUUGAGUUGGCCUUACCAGCCCCAACCCCAGCCUCAACCAGGAGGAGCUGCGAGAAGUCACUCCCCUCCAGAGCCCCAGGGAUCUCCCCUUACAGUGGGGAGCGCUGGUCCCUGCCUUUGUGUCCCCUUAGGCAGCAUUGUGGGAGCCUUUGUCCAGUGAGGUGACAUACUGGUUUCCCUCAUUUGCUGCAGCUGAAUGCCAGAGCCUUAGCCUGGAUGACGUUUUCUAUUAAAAGGACUGGCUCUGUGACCUCA